AUGGUUACAGAUGCUUCAAGGUUCGAUCGUCGUCCGUCCGCGACUUUACAUCGGCGGCUAGCACACCAAUAUCAUCGCCAUGCCUGGUCAGGACCGCCAUCAGAUUCUAUCUAUGCAGGGAUCACGAUUUCCUUCUCCAAAGAGCUUGGCUCGACAAUCGCCAUCGCCAUCCGAGAUGCAACAUACCUUCUUGACUUUAUAGAGAAGAAGUGUCAAACAAAUGACCACCAGCCAUGUCCCGACGAGGCCGUCGAAUUUAUCAUCACCCAACUCAAGGCAUACGGGGAGAAGCAUCUCGAGAAGAUCGUCGGCGUUGCAAUGCACAGGCAUGUUGCAGCAUCAUGUCCGAGUCUCUGCUCCAGCUUAUGGGCUGACCUCGAUAUCAUCCCCUUGGUACUGCCAGGAUUGAGUUUGCUAGGUCGAUUUGCUUCUUCGCGUGCGCAAGCGCAGCCGCGAUCUUGGGAAUCCAAGACGACUGACGAACAGGCUGAAUCAAUGGCCCGAAAAUGUGUUAGGCUUUUUGGACCGGAGAACUCCCCUCUGCUGCAAGUGGGCUUCAUGGGCCUUGUGGAGGUUGAUACCGACUUCCACGUGUGCUUGACGAAUCUCGAUGAUUGGAAAAAGACCGUUUCCGCGAAAACGUGGGAGGUUUGCAACUUCUAUGCUGCCGAUCUGAAGAAGCGGAACGUGAAGAUUGCUUUCUUCAGUUCCACGCCACAGGGUGGAGGUGUGGCUUUGAUGAGGCAUGCCCUCGUACGCUUUUCACACUCUUUAGGUACGGACAUCAAAUGGUAUGUCCCUCGGCCACGGCCAGGUGUCUUUCGAGUGACAAAACACAAACACAACAUCCUCCAAGGCAUCACAGGACCAGACGAGCGUCUCAGUGCCGAUGACAGGAAGCUGCUAUCUGCCUGGAUCGAGGAAAACGCUAAGCGAUACUGGACUGUACCGGGAGGUCCCUUAAGCUCACCGGCAGAAGGAGGAGCGGACGUGUUGAUUGUAGACGAUCCUCAGAUGCCAGGUCUCAUACCGGUUGCUAAACGCCUAGCCCCGAGACGACCGAUCAUAUUUCGAAGCCAUAUCCAGAUCCGAAGCGAUCUUGUCGACCAACCUGGGACACCCCAAGCAGAGGCGUGGAAAUACCUGUGGAAUAACGCCAAGUGUGCCGAUUGUUUCAUUACCCAUCCCGUGAGUGCAUUUGUGCCUCGCGAUGUGCCACCUGACAUUGUUGGUUAUAUGCCUGCAGCGACCGAUUGGCUGGAUGGGUUGAACAAAAACAUGCGAGACUGGGAUGUAGCCCACUAUGGCCGGAUCUUUAAUGCAGCCUGUAAGAAUGCAGAGAUGCCGACCAUCCAACAUCCAGAUGAUCAAUAUAUCGUGCAGAUUGCACGCUUUGACCCGUCUAAAGGCAUUUUCGAUGUGUUGGACGCAUAUGAGAAGUUCCACAAUCGGUUAACUCGCGAACGACCCGAAUUGAGACUCCCAAAGCUCCUGAUAUGCGGACAUGGCUCAGUGGAUGACCCUGACGGCGCGAUCAUCUACGAUCAAGUGGUUGAUCACAUCGAACACCGGAUUCCUCACAUUCGCCACCUAAUCUGCGCUAUACGCUUGAGAUCCUCAGAUCAGGUUUUGAAUGCCUUGCUUUCAAAAGCCACGAUUGUUUUGCAACUAUCAACUCGAGAAGGAUUCGAGGUCAAAGUUUCCGAGGCGAUUCAUAAGGGUGUACCCGUGAUUGCCACACGCGCUGGUGGCAUCCCACUCCAGGUUGAGCAUACCAAGAACGGAUUUCUGGUGGAUGUUGGAGAUACCGACGCUGUCGCGCAGCAUCUGUUUGAUCUUUGGACAGAUGAGGCACUGUACCACCGAAUGUCGGAGUAUGCGCUCAGUAAUGUUUGUGAUGAGGUGAGCACGGUGGGUAAUACCUUGAGCUGGCUUUAUCUUGCUUCAAAGCUGUCCAAAGGAGAGUCUGUGAGGCCCAGGGGACAAUGGAUUAACAACCUGGCUUUUGAGGAGUGCGGUGUCUCUGUUACUCCUGAAAUGCCUCGCCUGACUCGAGCGGUUGAAAUGGAAGAUCCGUAG